AUGCCAAAUGAAAUAUUGGUGACUCGCACGGACUCAAGGAAGAGCAGUUUGAAGGCAGAGCGUAAAAUGAGUGGUAGCUCCUUCAAUGAUCAUCUGCCAUAUUUCGCUGGUGAGAAUGCUUGUGUGCAAGAGGUGAACAUGAACUGCUGCCCUGAUUACAAGAACAACAGAUCUAAUUAUACGGUGAAUAUAAAAUGGCUGGAAGACGACGAAGAGACGGUCAAGAGGUGGCUGCGGCUAGCGUCACUCUCUACGUGUAAGCUACGACUACCCUUGUUGGAUCUCUCUUGUGAAAAUCUCUCACAAGUCCAGAUCGUGUACCGUUUACGUAUGAGACGCCAUCGUCACUCACUAAUAAAGGUUCGAGCUCACUGUCUGCUGUAUCGCAAGCAGCGCUGCCUUCACGAAAAAACACGAACAGUGCAGGGAAUUCCAGUACGUGUUUUGGUUUUUUCUUCCAUCUCGCUGUCUGCUUCCGCUUAUUAUGCUUCGUGUCAAAUGAUACAUUGGUUUCCGUGA